CCGCCGCGCAUGCGCCGUGCCGGGCGGGCGCUGAGGGGAGCUCAAGGAGACGGCGCCGCCAUGGCGGGCGGCCUGCGGCUGCCCUCGCUGGAGGAGCUCGAGGUGCCCGAGGUGAGAGUCAGCUCGGCCGUGCUGAAGGCCGCGGCCCACCACUACGGCUCGCAGUGCGACCGGCCCAACAAGGAGUUCAUGCUGUGCCGCUGGGAGGAGAAGGACCCGCGGCGGUGCCUGCGCGAGGGCCGCCAGGUCAACCAGUGCGCCCUCGAGUUCUUCAGGAAGAUUAAGACGCACUGUGCAGAGCCAUUUACUGAAUACUGGACGUGCAUUGACUAUACCAACUUGCACGAGCUUCGUAAAUGCCGAAAGCAGCAGGCAGUAUUUGAUAACUGUGUGCUAGAGAAGUUGGGUUGGGUGAGACCUGAGCUGGGAGACCUCUCUAAGAUCACAAAAGUGAAGACGGACCGACCUAUCCCUGAGAAUGUCUAUCAUUCUAGACCUAGACCAGAGCCAAAUCCACCCAUUGAAGGAGAGCUGAAGCCUUCUCCACAUGGCAGUAGGCUCUUUUUCUGGUCCUGGUAAAGUGGGCAGACUGUCCUGUAAUUAAAAUGCAAAGAUACAUUGCUCUCAAAUGUAAAUUGUUCAGUACACGUUGGGUAUAACUUUAAAUGUAAUGAUUAAAAAAAAAAAGUUA